AUGCCGAAAAGCGCUCAUCUCUAUGCAGCUGUUAUCACUGGUUUUGAGAAAGUUGCCUCGAGAGAGAUUUCUGAGAAACUUCCAGCCACCGAAUGUAUCUCUGGACGUGGAAACGUCAGAUUCUGUCUUGACCUGAAUAGUGUUCCUGAUAUUCUAAAAUUACGAUCGAUUGACAAUCUGUAUGUCGUGUUCUAUGAAAAUGAACUAGUCGGAUUAACUGAUAUGGAAAAAGAGGAAGCGUUAAGAACAAUUCAAGAACAAAUUUCCUACUGUAACUGGAAAUUAGCAAUCGACGUGUAUCAAUUAGUACGAGAAACGAACAUAUACGGAGGAAGUGACCGAGUUGUAGAUCAGAUGAGAGAGUUCAUGAGAGAAGGAAAACGAUGUGAAGUUACAGAAAACUCGCCGAAGUUCCGAGUUACGUGCAAACGGUGUGGAGAAAAAGAGAUUCAUGCAUUCAGCUCCAUGGAUGCUGCUUCGAAAUUCGGUGCUGAAAUAAACAACGCUCUUGGCUGGAAGUGCAGUGUUAAGGAAUUCGAUAUUGAAGUUAUGUUGAGAAUUGAAAAAGAUAAUAUGACCGUUAUGAUGGCACUAAACGACGAAUCACUUUUCAAGCGGAAUAUUUGUGCUUAUGGACCAACGACAAUGCGAUCCACCGUGUGUUACUGUAUGCUCCAUCUGGCAAAUAUCAAACCAGGAGACGUAGUCAUGGAUUCCAUGUGUGGUGGUGGAUCUAUUCCGAUUGAAGGAGCAUUGGCGUGGGAGAAUGCGUUCUUUUUAGGCGGAGAUAAUCACAAGUUGGCAAUGGAAAGAUGCAAAAAGAACUGGUCAUCCAACUCAUCGUCCACAAAAUCGAUCUGCGAGUUCUUCAACUGGGAUGCCACUAACCUUCCACUUCGUGACAAUUGCAUCGAUGCUCUUGUGACCGAUCUACCAUUUGGAAAGAAAAUCGGAUUGAAAACGGACAACCGAUUACUGUACCCUAUUCUUCUGAAUGAAUGGAAAAGAGUUUUACGAAAAGGUGGACGAUUGGUGGUGAUGAGUCAUGAUAAGAGAAGUUUAGAAAAGGCAAUUCUGGCAGACCGUUCAUCAUGGCAUAUCAAAGCUAAUCAUAUCGUUAACAUGGGCGGAUUACAGUGUCUUUGUCUUUGUCUGAUAAAUACACAAAGUUGA